AUGUUCAGAUCCUGCCUAACCAACGCAUCACAUGCCGUCGCGUCGUCCAGCCGUUCAUCACUGCAUACUUCAGCAGUUCUCAAUGCCCACUUGACGAGCAAACAAGUUCGACAUGAGAAGAUCUCCAAAGUCCAGGCGCGCAUCAAUCGCAAGCUCGCAGUCGAUGCGCAGCGCGAAUAUGCUGUUCUAGGUCACCGCCCAGGUCAGGACCACAAAUGGCGGAGCUGUGCCCUUGCAAAAGCCGUCAUCACGGAAGACGUGCUAUACUCGGAUUCUGUCCCUGAGAUUAUUCACAGUGUCGAAGGCGACAUCGAGCUUCCGUCACAUCUAAGCUUUGGCAUUAAUGAGAGGUCGAAGGAGCUGCUUUUCGAGGUGUUACCCCAACUAUCCGCUCAGAAAGGCGUGACCAAGUUCAGCGAGAACGUGGUUAGCGAAAUGCAGGAAGCGAUGGGGAAGGAAAAUGCCAAAGCGAACAUGUUCGCAAAGGUUGUUGAUUUGCGUAAUGCAAACGCGAAAGGUCUCGCAUUCGAGAAUCGCCGCCGUUGUAUCACGCUGUUUUCUCCGCCGGGCAAUCCAUAUGACACGGGCCGCCCAGAAGUACAAGCUGCCUUGUUAACGAUACAAAUACGUGGGCUAUGGAAGCAUCUUUUGACUUUCCGCAAGGACAUAGAUAACCGCAGGGGCCUUCGUCAGCUUGUGCACGAACGGGCCAAGAUACUCAAGUAUCUGAAGAGACUUGACCGUGACCGAUAUGAGGCUGUCCUUCCUCGACUUGGGCUCGACGCCGCGAGUGUGGAAGGAGAGCUGGUAGUCUGA